UACAUAUAUAUAAACACUGAUAAAAGUAUGAAUACAUGUACAUAUGAAUGUUUUAAUCUACUUAUUUAUUCUUGAUAAAGAAUAUCAUUCAGAUAACCUUAAGAUCUCUACUUCUUUGGUGCAUUAGUUAGUAAGUUAACUAUCACCAGAAUACGAAAUGUUACAUCUGCUAUCAAAAAGCAUAUACAUUCCUAAAAUAACAAUGGCAAGAUACUUGGUAACUGAUCCUAGGUAUGGAUUUUUAAAAGAAUUGGGACUUAUUUCUGAAAAUUCAGGCUUAUUUGACGGAAGAUGGGGAGGUUCCGGUAAAAUAAUUGAAUCCAUUUCUCCAGCUAAUGGAAAAGUUAUAGCUAAAGUUCGAGAAGCUACACCUCAGGAAGCCAGUAACGCUGUUACGGAAGCACGAAAAGCAUGGCCUCAAUGGGUAUCCUUGCCAGCACCUACAAGAGGAGAAAUAGUGCGACAAAUUGGUGUUGAAUUAAGAAAAAAUUUAGAACCUUUAGGACGAUUGGUAUCUUUAGAAAUGGGCAAGAUAUUACCAGAAGGUAUCGGAGAAGUACAAGAAUUUAUAGAUAUAUGUGAUUAUGCGGUUGGGUUAUCUAGAAUGUUGCCUGGUAAUGUUUUCCCAUCUGAGAGAAAAAAUCAUAUGUUAUUAGAAAAAUGGAAUCCAUUGGGUGUUGUUGGUAUUAUAUCUGCAUUUAAUUUUCCAAUCGCAGUAUAUGGAUGGAACACUGCAAUAGCAAUGGUGUGUGGAAAUACAAUUAUUUGGAAAGGGGCACCCAGCACUCCUCUUAUCUCCAUUGCGACUACUAAAAUCAUUGCUAAUGUUUUAGAAAGAAAUGGCAUUCCAGGUUCUGUUGCAUCUAUGGUAACAGGUGGAUCAGAAAUUGGACAGGUUCUGGUAAACGAUCCACGUAUCCCACUUAUCUCUUUUACGGGAAGUACAACCGUCGGAAAGCAAGUAGCGCUCAAAGUGCAAGAAAGAUUUGGAAGAUCUCUAUUAGAACUUGGUGGUAAUAAUGCCUUAAUAAUUGCACAAGAUGCUGAUUUGGAAAUGACAAUCAGAGCUGCAGUUUUUUCUUGUGUGGGAACAACUGGACAAAGAUGUACUACAACGAGAAGAUUAAUUCUUCAUAGUAAAAUACAAAAGGAGUUUAAAGAAAGACUCAUAACAGCAUAUAAGAGUAUAUUGGAACGUAUUGGUGAUCCUCUGGAUGAUGGAACAUUAUAUGGACCACUGCAUAGUGAACAAGCUGUUAAUGAAUAUAUGGCAGCGAUACAAGAAGCAAAAGAUAGUGGUGGUAAAAUAGAGUUUGGUGGCAAAAAACUGGAACGACCUGGCUUUUAUGUUGAACCAACAAUAGUUUCUGGUUUAUCACCUAAAGCAAAGAUUAUACAAAAGGAAACAUUUGCGCCAAUUGUGUAUAUUUUGGAAGCAAACUCAUUGGAAGAAGCAAUAGCACUUAAUAAUGAUGUAGAGCAAGGUUUAAGUAGUUCUCUUUUUACUAAAAAUAUUGGAAAUAUAUUUCAGUGGAUUGGACCUCAUGGCUCAGAUUGUGGAAUAGUGAAUAUCAAUAUCGGUACCAGUGGUGCUGAAAUUGGUGGAGCAUUUGGUGGAGAAAAAGCAACAGGAGGAGGCAGGGAAAGUGGAAGCGAUGCUUGGAAACAUUACAUGAGACGUGCAACUAUUACUAUCAAUUAUGGAAAUGAACUUCCUCUUGCUCAGGGUAUUAAGUUCGAAUAAAUAAAAAUUAAAUUUCAUUAAUAAAUUGACAAAUACUCAAGAAUUU